AUGGUUGAAUCAAGUCAAAGUGAUGCAGAUGCAAUUGUAUUAUCAUCUGAAUCUGAGUGUGACCAACAAGCAUCACAAAGCUGUGGUGAAUUUUUCCACAGUGGAGAACACACAUGCAAAGACGACAUUAUCAGUGCUGUCAUUGACUAUCACGCUGCGAUUUACCGGCCAUUCAGGGUAGCGAAGAGCGAUCAACGACGAUAUAAGGCAAUAUGCAAGAAUGAAGGCUGUCCAUUUGAAGUCCAAUUUUCGUUCUAUUCAAGCUUUCAGUCACCUACUAAGUUUGUCCCACAUGAGUGUCGAGUUACGGAAUGCGACACACUGUCACAGGCAAUGAACAGAUCCUGA